AUGAGAGCAGCCAUAACUAUUCUCAUUGCAUUUCCCAAAUUUCACGAGCCUUGGAUUAGUUCUUCCAGGGGCCUUGUUUACACUCCUGAAGUGUGUUGCCUCUUUAGCCCGAUACUUUGUGAAAGAGAUGAAGAAUGUUACGAUGAUAAUGCCUUUGGUCGUUGCCAGAUGCCUUAUGGUUUGGACACAGACAUCUAUCGCCAUCUUUUGGGCUCUGAAACAACUAAACUUUUGGAAAGAGAACUAACACGACUCUUCGCAGGAGGUUAUCGCUGGCAACAUGACUACACACAGUGCGUUGUCCAGAAUAUUUUGUAUUCCAGUCGUCACAGAAUAUCUUACGAUCCUGGUUUGUGUUCUCGAGUCUUACAAUUCACGACACCCGAUGUGCCCAUGAACAUACUCUCCGAAUUGCAGUCUCCAAAGCCAGACGAACUAGCAUUCGUAAAGUUUAAGCCUAAUAGAGAAAACUCAGAAAAUAAUAUAUUUGCUGACGAAAUUUUCACCCCACCGAUAUUUCGAGAAGAAAAUGUUAAAGACACCAGAAAGAGAUCUCCAUUAUUCAACCAUGAAUCUUCUGAACAAGAAUGGUCAAAGAAAUUUCAUCAAAGACGCUUCGAUCCUGAUUCAGAGAGCCCCGCUGAUAAGCAAUACCUUUUUAAUAAGCUAAUGGAGGCUGCUCAAGACACAGAGAAAUUAUUUGAAAAUUUUGGAGAAACUUCGAACCGAUUUCCUGAAGAUGAUACACCAGUGAUCAAAACUGAUUUGUCUUCCGAUAUGAAUCAACGCCCAGCAUUUACAGAGGGUGGAAUGGAAUGGUUACCAGUCAAUGAAGACAGUGAUUUAGCAUCAGACGAUGUAGUAGAUUCCUAUGAGAAAAAAAGAGUUCGAUUGCCAAGUCAUACAAUAAAUGAAGUCGCGGAUGUUGAGGAGGAGAAUAGAGACGAAAUACCUUCUUUUCCAAAAAGUGUGUAUCAACCCAUAGAUAGUGCUGGAAACCAUGAUGAAAAUUCUUACGAGAAGCCGACAUUUGGAAUAUUUCCUCAAGAUGAUGAAGAUGAAAAUUUCCGUUGGAACCCUAGGUUUACAAGUUCCAUUGAUGUCAGCCAACUGCCGUUUGCAAACAGAGGAGAAACCAAAGGCAUUUCAAAAUCAGAUGUUUCAGAUAAUAAUAGUCUGAGUGAUGUUAUUGAAGAUGAUUAUUUAGAAGAUCAACUAUAUGCUAUCUUGCCUGCUAAUAAUGGGUUGCCUACGUUUACAAGAGAUAUGCGCUAUGAUACAAAGAAGCCAGGCCCAACAUAUAUGCUCCACGAAGACGAAGAUGGUGAUACUUCAAAUGAUAUGACAGAGCAAGACAUCAACGCUUAUAUCGCACGACUAUCAAAGGCCUCGAGCAAAAAACAGUUGCUUUCUGUGUUACGACCACCUGUUGGAGAACAGAAAUCGUCCAAAAUGUCAUUGCCAAGCCGAGAAGUAAUAGCAUUUCAGGAUAAUCAGAAUUAUUAUGUGCCUGAUGAGAUUCCAUUACAAUGA